GUGAAAGAUCUCGAAAUGAACGAAGCUCGGAGAAGAAAGCAAGCGGACAAGAAAUGCUAAUACAAAUCGAGCACGUCUAGCCGGCACAAGGAAACAAGAGAUUAGCUCACGCUCGUGCGAAGAAGGCGGAUCGCUCGCAACCGCGGGGGACCAGGAGAAGAGAGAGAGAGAGCAAGGAAAGGGAGGAAGAAGGGGGAAAUCUUUGCGGGUAAUUAUUAUAAUAGCAAUUACCAGGAAGGAAUUAUUAAUAGCGUUGGUUUGGUACAGUUGUGGAUGCAACCCCCAACCCUAAUUUCUCUCACCAUUGACUCGGCUGUCCUCCACAUCGCCCACAUCACGGAUCUCUCGGCGGUUCCCGAUCCCAUCCUCGUCGAGCUCUUCCUGGAAAGCUGACAGAGAAGAUUCUGAAGUUAUUCACGGCAACUGGCAACGAGGAAAUCCUUCGCUUUGUACAGUCCCUUAACAUCAAGCAGGUCCUUACCCCAGUUCUUCCUACCAGGUGCUCUGAAAAAUUUUAGAGGUGCAGUUCAAAUCAGUUCCUUUAGUUGAAGACUGUCUUUUUUAAGUUGAGCUUUUGGGUUCCAGCAAGAUGUCUUUGAACAUUGAAGACAAUGAGGUUGAUAUUGUGAUUGCGGCACUCCGAUCUGACCUCACUGCUUUCAUGGAGAAAUGGCGACCAUUUUUUUCCCGCUUCCACCUCAUAAUCAUCAAAGAUCCUGACGUGGAAGAGGACCUGCAAAUACCCCCAGGCUUUGAUCAUCAGGUGUUCACAAAAUCUGAUAUGGCUCAGAUUCUGGGUGCCACUUCCAUCAACUUUACUGGUCAUUCAUGCCGGUACUUUGGUUAUCUUGUCUCACACAAAAAAUAUAUUAUUUCCAUUGAUGAUGACUGUCUUCCUGCGAGGGACAAUGCUGGCACCUUAGUUGAUGCCGUAGCACAGCACAUAGUGAAUCUUAAGACACCUGCCACACCAUUCUUCUUCAACACACUCUAUGAUCCAUUUUGCAAAGGUGCAGACUUUGUCCGUGGCUAUCCAUUCAGUCUGCGAAAUGGAGUUGAAUGCGUGCUGUCUUGUGGCCUAUGGCUCAACAUUGCUGACUAUGAUGCUCCAACUCAGGUUGUAAAACCAAAUGAUAGAAAUGUUCGAUAUGUGGAUGCUGUAAUGACAGUUCCAGUUAGGGCAUUGAUGCCUGUGAGUGGAAUCAAUUUUGGGUUCAACAGGGAGCUACUCGGUCCUGCAUUGCUUCCAGGGUUGCGUUUGGCAGGAGAGGGCAAGGAAAGAUGGGAGACCAUGGAGGAUAUAUGGUGUGGGUUGUGUACCAAGGUGGUGUGUGACCACUUGGGUCUUGGGGUGAAGAGUGGGCUGCCUUAUGUUUGGAGGGGCGACGGGGUUGAUGUAAGGGGUGCUAUGGAUAGCUUGAAGAGGGAAUGGGAAGGAGUGAAAUUGAUGGAGGAGAUUGUGCCCUUCUUCCAGUCAGUCAGGCUGCCAAGUACUGCAGUUACAGCAGAGGAUUGUGUAAUUGAGAUGGCAGCGAUGGUGAAAGAACAGCUGGGGCCACUGAAUCCAGUGUUUGCAAGUGCUGCAGAUGCCAUGGUUGAGUGGGUCAAGCUCUGGAAAGCUGUAGGAUCUCAGGGAGCUUAAGUUGGAUUGGAUUUAUUUUUAGGGUCUAUUUAACUAUUUCCCUUUAACCUUUAAAGCUUCAUCCCUAUAAUAUUUCUGUGGCGGAUAAAAUAAAUUUUUCAUGUUCUUGAUUAAAAGCAUGGAAGGUUUAAUACUGAAGCCAAAGAAACAUUAUCUUCUCAAGAAUUACUGUUGAACUAUGAGAUCGUUCAUUAGUAUAUGUAACAAUCAUUUUGUUGCUUGUUAGACCAUUUGCGGGCAACUUUGUCACAAACAUGUCAAUGAUGCUGACUCUUGCUUUUUCAGUGCCUUUUGUUAUUGUCUUU